AUGGUGCCGAGGCCCCCGGAAGUUGCCGUCGUCAUCGUGUGGUACGGCGCGGACAGCGCCUACGCGGAGGCCGUCUCGGGCGCGGCGGCCGCGCUCCACCCGGCGUGCGCGCUGCUGUUCCAGGGCCCCUACGGCGACGCGCUCGAGGCCGAGUGCCCCGGCGCCGCCGCCGCGGGGGGCGCCUGCGCGUCGCAGCUGGCGGGGCUGUUGGCGCUGAAGCCGCUGCUGGCGCUGUGCUGCGACCGCCUGCUGGUCCGCGGCGCUUCGGGUGCGCUGCGCGCCAGCCUCGUGGAGGGCUUGUGUUGCUAUUGGAUCUUCACCGAGGGCUCUUGUUGCUACCGGGUCUCCACCGAGGACUUGUGUUGCUACCGGGGCUCCACCGACGGCCUGUGUUGCUACGCGGUCGUCGUCGACGGCCUGUGCUGCUACUGGGACGUCACCUACGGGUUGUGUUGCCACAGGGUCUUCACCGAGGGCUUCGUGGGCCUCGAGGGCACGCAGCUGCCCCCGAGUUUCGACUGCGGUUGCGUGCUCUACACACGCCGGGCCUGGGCCCGGGUGGCCGUCUGGGUGCGGGAGCCGCCGCCCGCCGUGCGGCAAGGGCCAAGUGGCGGUGCCACCGGCGGGCCCGGCACACCGGACGCCGCAGGCCAGGCCGCCGCAGCGCCGGCGAUCGCGGCGUUGGCGGCCCGCUGCGUCUUCGGCCUGGCCGACGUCGGGGCGGACCCGCCCGCCCGGAUGGGGCUGGACUUCCGCUGCGAGAUGGCCGGGGGCGCGUGCGAGGACUCGGCCGAGGCCGCAGCGGGGACGUCGCCCGCGGAAGGCAGGGCAGCCAGCUUUGCUCCGCCGAGGCUCUCCCCCGAGGAGCGGCGCAGGCUGAUGGAGAGGCUUGGAGAACUCGUGCGGCCGGAGAUGUGGGAGUCGAUUUUCUUUGACCACCUGCAUAUGGCUCAGGACGGCGGCAUCAGCAUGAUCACUGGCACGAAAGACAACACAACGGACAGGCUUUGGGGCUGGUCGAGGUACCUCAGCGCUGCUGUUGUCUUUAUCUCAUGCUUCCUCAACACCUACUAUGUCCUUGACGUCGCCGUUCGCGUGAGCAUGGCUGCACCCGGGGACCCUCUCUUUGAGAAGCAGGGGUAUUUGAUUAUCGGGGAGGUGGAGCACGCCGUCUCUCAUAUGCUAGGGCGAGAGAAUGCACAGGUCGCGUCAUUCAAGAUCCUCAGCGCGCUGGAAGCCGCUACGGUUGCAUAUCUGUGGCUGUGCAUUUUACUCACCGCUUGCAGGGCCUUGUCGAACUCGGGCUACCAGCGCUGGCAUCAUAUACAUAUGAUCUUCUCCGAACAGCUUGGGGUACUCUCCGUCUUCAGUGCCAUGCAGUUGCUGUUCUUCGUCACCCCGAAGGUCUUGGUAGCAAACUUGUCGGCCACGCUGUUUGGGGUGGAGAGCCCAAACUAUUGCAAAGCCGUGCGGAUACUCUGCUUUGGAUUGAUAUGUUUCGUGAUUGGUUUCGAUGCUUUCUUAGUUAAGUUUCGUCAAGCAGCCCAGCAUUUCAUAUUUGAGAAGAGUGAGCUGACACUCGACAGAUUCUACGGUGCCGCGAUGUUUCUCAAUCAGCUUCUCGGCGUCAUGCAGCUGGAGUGGAUCGUCAAAAAUCGAGUGUACCGCUUUGUGUUUCAAGGGCCCGAUUCGACAUUCACCGACGAGGCAAUGGUUAAAAUGGAUGUGUGGAACGCUUGGAUCGCAAAAACGAUUUGUGACAAGUACGCGAAGGAUCAGCUGGACACCUGCAAACGGGAGAGCUGUGCAUCCUCGCACGCGGGACUGGGCGACAAGGCGCCAAUCAAGUCGGCGCUGGCGGCGGGUCGACCAACCCAUGUUGCCUCCAAGCGCAGGCAGGACAUCUGUGGCUUCGACGCGCUGUUCAGGUGUCGCUUCGCGGCGGCAUGCCCGGGCGUCCUGCUGGCCCGCGGCGAGGGCGCCGCAGCGGCCGACGCCGUGGCGCGCGUCCGGGCCGCCAUGGGCCAGGCGCCCCUGCCAGUGGUGGGCCUGGACUGCGAGUGGAGGCGGCCAGGGCGCGGGGGCAGGAUAGCGGGCGUGGACGUCGUGCAGUUGGCGCCCACGCCGAGCUUGGCGGGCGCCGCGGUCUUCCGCUGCGAGGGGUGCCGGGUGCCCGCGCCGCUGGCGGCGCUGCUCGAGGACCCGAGCGUCCUGAAGGUCGUGUUCGGGGUCAUGGACGCGAAGGUGCUCUGGCUCUCUGGAGUGCGGCUGCGCGGCGCAAUGGACCUGCAGCGCACCGCGCGGAUGCUGCAGGGUGACGACGCCGGCGGCCUCGCAGCGAUGUACAGGGGCCUCUGCGGCAAGGAGCUGGCGAAGGAGCAGCAGGUCAGCGACUGGGGCGCUGAGGAGCUCUCCCUCGCGCAGGUGCAGUACGCCGCGCAGGACGCGGUGGCCACGCUCGAGGUCCUGCACGCCCUGAGGGACGGCUGGAUGCCAGGCGCGCCCACGGCGGGCUGUUUCGCCCGCUUCUUCGUGGACGCCCUCCGCGUCGACGAGAGCGGGGACCUGCAGCGGGCCGGGCUGCCCGCUGCCAGGGCGCAGGUCCUGGCCCACGCCGACCUGCCCGAGCGGGUGCGUCGCGCGUUGCUCGCCGGCGCCCCGAGCGGCGGCGCCCCGAGCGGCGGCGCCCUGAGCGGCCCGCGGGCGGGCGGCCCGCGGGCGGGCGGCGACUCCACGGGCUCGGGCGGCAGCCGCGCCCAGCGGCCGGGCGCCGCCAAGAGGCGCCGUGGCAGCCUGCACCACGUGGAUAGCACCACGCAGGGGCACUGCCUCGGCUUCCCCGGGGCCAGCUACAAGAGCUUCGGGUCGAUGGAAGAGGCCGAGGCAUUUGUGGCUGCCGCGCGCUCCGAGUCCGCGAGAGGCGGCGGCGCCGUCGGCGCCGCCGGCCGUCUCCGCGGCCUCCGCCUCGACGCCGUCGGCUGCCUCGGCGACGCGGUCACCGACGGUGUCCCCGGCGCGGUCGCCGCCCGCGGCCUCGGCGGCGUCGGCCGCAUCGCCCGCGUCGCCGCCGGGGGAUCGCUGUUCCUGACCAAGGGCUCAGACUGGUGGCAGGCUGGUACGGCUCGGUCCCUUGUGCUACCUGCCCUGACCAGGCAGCCCGGCGCACCGCCGCCAGGCGCCAAGGGCGGGCCGAAGGCCGGCCCAGCGUCGAAGGCCCGGCCUUUCCACAACGUGGCUGUUCCGCUAUACGGCGCCGUCGCCCUGGAGUACGACUUCUUGUUCAUGUGGUUCACGCUCGCUGUCGCCAUCGGCGUCCUGCCCUUCUGCGGUGGUCAGGUGGUGCACUCUACCUGCAGGGCCGCGAGCCCGAGCGCUGGAAGCCAGAGGUGGCGCCGCGCGUGCCGCUGCGGAGGCUUUUCUGGACGCCCAUCAGCAUCGGGCCCUCGCACGGCAGGCAGACGGUGUGGGAGAAAAUCCACCUGGGGGACGGUGCGUCCUUCGACGCGGAGGACAGAGCUCGAGGCCCGCUUCGCAGACGCCGCCCCGAGCGCUGGCCAGCGGGAGCCCACGGCCGCGCCGCCGCCCAGGCGGCCGUCGAGGCGCCGCCUGCUGGAGGAGGGGCGCCGCCGGCAGGUGUGGUGCAUGCUGGCGCUGAUGCCCGACAGGCCCGCUCUGCUGGACGCCGUGGCCUCGCUGGAUGCCGAUGUGCUCGAGCCGGACAAGGUGGACCUGCUGCUGCUGAACCUGCCCUCCCAGGCGGAGGAGGCCGCGCUGGAGGGCGCGCGGGCCGCGGCGCUGGGGGGCGGCGAGGCCUGGGACGUGCCCGAGGACUUCCUGCUCGCGCUCACGGCGAUCCCCGAGUACGCGCUGCGCCUGCAGGUCUGGGGUUUCCUGAACUCUUUCGACGCCGCGUUCCGGCGGCUGGCGGCCGGGGAGAGCGCCCUGCGGGCCGCGGCCUGCUGCCUCCGUGGCUCCGCGAGCCUGGAGCGGCUCCUCGCGCUGGUGCUGCACGUGGGCAACUACCUUAACGGCGGCACCGCCCGCGGCCGCGCCGACGGCUUCGAGCUGGGCACGCUGGUGAAGGUGGCUCAGCUGCGGUCCGCGGGCGGCAACACGUUGCUGGACUUCAUCGUGGAGCAGAUGGAGCGAGAUUCGCCCGGCGUCCUGCGGGACAUGUUCGCCCCUGGGAACGAGUUCGACCGGGUGGAGUGCGCGUGCAAGCACAAGGUCGGCUUCCUGCAGGAGGAGCUCUCGCAGCUCGUGGGCGAGGCCGGCGCCCUUCUCCGCCGACUGGACACCAGCGCCUCGCAGCAGGGCGACCCCCUGAUGCGGCGGCGGGCGCUGAUGGCCGACCGGCAGUGCCGGCUGCGGGAGCUCCAGGCAAGGCUCGACGGUUGGGGCGCCGAGUACGGGGAGCUGUGCGCCUGGUUCCACGCAGAGGCCGCGCUGCGCAAGGCGACGGACGAGUUCUUCGGCGUGUGGGGCGCCUUUCUGGCUGACGUCAGGCGCGCCCUGGAGAAGCUGGACAAGCAGGCGGCCUCGCGGCGGCGGUCAAAGCGGCGGUCCUCGCUGGUGCGGGGCGCGGCCCAGGCGGCGGCGGCGGCGCCCGAGGGGUGA